AUGGAAUUACAAAUUAUAUUAUUAACUACAACACUUUAUACUCCUGUUAUUCUUGUAUAUACACGUUCAUUUUUGUACAGAUUUAAGAAGUAGACAAUUUAUUGGAGUUGAUUCUUGUCUGACCACAUGAAACAAUAUAAAUAAAUAAAAAUUAAAUUAUUUACAUUAUUAUUUUAAUAUAUAAAUACAACGGAGUAAUGAAAAAGUAAUGAAUAAUUUUAGACUAUUUUUUAUAUAUUUACUAAUAAUGUAAUAUUUUGGAUUUAAUUUUAUGUAGUUUUUAUAUAACUUUCAUAUAAUUGUAUAUAAUUUUCAAAGAUAAAAGAUACUUAUAUUUUGAAAUAGUUUCAUCCAAAACUACUUUUUAAAUUUGGCGCCUUUUUAUGGCUUCUCGUUGCAAUGUGUAGUUGCCUUAAAUAUCUCAAUAUUUACGUUGUGUCGUAUCUCAUAGCUUUUAUUCUAAGAUUUCUUGCAGUAUCUGACGUGUACAAAAAUUAAAGUGCAUGAUCACCAGUAGGUUAGGUCGCAAUAUUAAUCAAACAUUUUUUUAUUACUAAGAAAUCGUACAAUCAUGCUCGACUUAUUUACUAUAUUCAGUAAAGGUGGUAUUGUUCUAUGGUGUUUUCAAAGCACCUCACAAAUAUUUGCACCCAGUGUUAAUGCAUUAAUACGAAGUGUCAUAUUGCAAGAACGUACAGGGAAUCAUACAUUUGAAUACGAUUCCUUACGCUUACAGUACAAACUCGAUAAUGAAUUUGAGCUGGUGUUUGUUGUUGCAUAUCAAAAAAUAUUACAAUUAUCGUAUGUAGACAAAUUUUUAAAUGACAUCCAUUUAGAAUUCAGAGAUAGAUUCAAAAAUGAAUUGGAGAACUCUAAAUGGUUUUAUAACUUCGAAUUUCAAAAUGAUUAUGAGCAAGUGCUUGCUAUGGCUGAACAAUGGGCAAGGACUCAGGCUAAGAUACCUAAACAAAUGCGUACCUUCGAUGAAAGUCAAAAAUCAAAGAAGACUGUUGCUAGUAUGAUUGAACGAAAAGAUGAUAAAGAUAAUAAAAAACAGGUGAAAAUUCAAGAGGCACCAAAACAGGAUUUAUCACACAAUCAAGUAAGUCAUAAUGGAGAAAUAAAUGAAGAAGUUUUAAUUGCAAAUCGUAUGAAAUUGGCUCAGAAAAUGAAUAAUCAAAAGAAGAAAGUUGAUAAGCAAAAAGGUCAAAAACCUGAGAAAGCUGGCAAGAAACCUCGUGUAUGGGAAUUAGGUGGGACCAUCAAAGAUCUUGCUGCUUUGGAACGCACCAAAGAUAAACCAGAAGAAAGUGGUGAUUAUGUGGCAGCUGAUAAAACAUUAGUGGGCCAGAUGAAAGGUGGUAUUCGUGAUAUAGUAGUUGAAAGUGACUCCGAGGAUGAAUCUGAUGAAGAAAUAGAAAAUUCCAAGCCACAAGUACAAAAGAAAACCAACAGCAUGUUUUCAAUGUUUAAAAGUUUGGUUGGUAACAAAUCGUUGAAACGCGAGGAUAUGGCUCCGGUUUUAGAAAAAUUGAAGGAUCAUUUGAUUUCAAAAAACGUAGCAGCCGAAAUUGCUCAAAAAUUAUGCGAUUCUGUUGGUGUGAAACUUGAAGGAAAAGUGCUUGGUACGUUUGAUAGUGUAGCUAAUACCGUUAAAGCCACAUUGACAGACGCAUUGGUACAAAUAUUGUCUCCAAAGAGACGUGUGGAUAUUCUGCGAGAUGCAAUGGAAGCGAAAAAGAACAGUAGACCUUACGUUAUGACCUUUUGCGGCGUGAAUGGAGUGGGAAAAUCAACAAAUCUAGCGAAAAUUUGUUUUUGGCUUAUAGAGAAUAAUUUUCGUGUGCUAAUUGCAGCAUGUGAUACAUUUAGAGCUGGUGCAGUUGAGCAAUUGAGAACACAUAUGCGCCAUUUGAAUGCUCUUCAUCCACCAGAGAAACAUGGAAAUCAAACUAUGGUUCAGUUGUACGAAAAAGGUUAUGGAAAAGAUGCUGCUGGUAUUGCUAUGGAAGCGAUCCGUUUCGCUAAGGAUUCGAAAAUCGAUGUGGUUUUAGUAGACACUGCGGGCAGGAUGCAAGAUAACGAACCGUUAAUGAGAGCCUUAACCAAGUUGAUUAAAGUAAACGAACCAGAUCUCGUACUUUUCGUUGGCGAAGCUCUUGUUGGAAAUGAAGCUGUUGACCAAUUGGUGAAAUUCAAUCAAGCAUUAGCCGAUCAUAGUCAAUCCAACAAUCCUCAUAUCAUUGAUGGCAUUGUGUUAACUAAAUUUGAUACAAUUGAUGAUAAGGUAGGCGCGGCGAUUUCUAUGACCUAUAUUACCGGACAACCUAUUGUUUUCAUUGGGACAGGGCAAACUUAUACCGAUUUGAAAUCAUUAAACGCAAAAGUGGUAGUACAUGCGUUAAUGAAGUUUACGGUUCUAAUUUCUUCCUUUAUUUGCAUUCACAUGCAAGCGUAAUGCUUCUGCUGUUAUCGAUAAUAAGCACCCGCCUCAGAUAUGAGCCAUCGGUAAUUGAUCGCCGUCACAGCUGUUUCCUUCUUUGACUUUCGACUCCUGUGAAGAUUCCUCUUCCAAUUCCCAGUGGGCUUCAUCGUCGAAUUUUUGCUCCUCGGAAAUAGAACCGCAGAUCGACAUCCGCAUCAUUAAACCUACACAGGAAUUUAUUUGCCCCAGUGCGAUGUCGAUAUGAUCUCAAAGCGAGCUACAUAUAAAUUUCUGCUAUAUAUAUAUAUAUAUAUAUAUAUACACUAGAGGAAAAAAGAAAUCGCACCGUAG